UCAUUUCGUUUUGAAUCCGUUGACGAUUAAGUUGUGCAUCGCGCAACGCCACGCCGUUUUUCGUUUCGUUGAUUCCUUAGCGGCUUAAAUAUUUAAAACAUUUUACUGGAUAUUAAAAACAACCUAUAAGUUGGAUAAACAUUUAAUGUAAAAUGUUGAAAAUAAAUUUAAUAUUUUGCAUUUUGGGUGCGUCUCUGUUAACAGCCACAACAAUUCUAGGAAACCCACAAACAGAUCAACAACAAGUACAGAAACAGAAACGAGAGUUGCCACAUUAUCCGAAAUGGCCAACUUAUAGCCUACAAAAUAUGCCACAAACACGUUUCACAUGCCAUGAUAAGAUACUCGGUGGCUACUAUGCAGAUUCCGAAACUCAAUGUCAAAUGUUCCAUGUAUGCGUCAAAGUGGUUGGAGUGGGGGUUCAAGACUUCCGAUUCCUUUGUCCAAAUGGUACCGCUUUUGAUCAAGAAGCACAAAUUUGCGCUGAUUGGGGUGAUGUGGAUUGCGAACAAUCGGUUUUAUAUUAUGGGAGCGAUAAUUUUGAUUUGUAUCGUAUUGGGUCAGGGUUCGAGAGUAAAAGAGCGCCUUUGGCUGAAGAAGAUGAAGCAGUAUUCCAUUUGCAACGUGCCGAAAGUGCGGACAUAAGACGAUCUAAAGAAACUCGCGUUGAUCAAAAGUCACGCCCCGAUCAACCGCCAAAUUAUACGAAACAUUUUGAAGCAACAACACGAAACUCUUUCAAUAAUUAUGCAAAUUUGAAUACAAUUAAUCGCAAUCAACAGCAAGUGAAGAAGAAUAGUGAAUCAAAAACUUCAAUUGUGAAUUUUUACACUCCAACUACAAGUACAACAACAACAACUACUGAAAGAUACAAUGAUGAUUCCAAGCAAGAUUUAGAUGAUAUAUUCAAGGGUUCACAUAGUUCACAUUUCUUUGCAAAUCGAAAUGGUGGUCGAGAAGAUGAUUUUGUAGAUGUUUCGAACAAAAUUCAAGCUAAUGAUUUUACUGAUUAUAACAAAAAAACGGAACAACUUUCAAAUGGUAAAACUCGUUUGCAACCUGCACGCUCGAGGCGUAUACAAUCCACAACUCAGAAGCCAAUAACUACAAGUACGACCACAACCCUUGCACCUGUGUCCAAAAUAACGAAGAAACUAACUCUACAAACCUCAUUCAAUACAGAUUUUGUUCCAUACACACCAACUACAACGACCUCAACCACCUCUAGACCCAGUCAAAGCAAUUUGAAUAGAUAUAGUUUUAGUUCCAGUGACUACCCAACACAAGAGAAAAUCGAACCAACCACUUACAAUCCAGCAAAUAGUAUUUAUCGUUAUAAAGUAACUACACCAAAAUAUACUGAAUUCAGCCGUGAUAACUUUGCAGCACCUAAAACAACUAAGAAUGAAAUUAGUACGGCCGUCUAUGAACAAACAGCUUUUUCGAACAAACCAACAAUUUCUUCAAGGAAAUCACAGCAACGUCAACAAAAAGUCACUACUCAGAACUCUACAUUUACUAAUCAAAACGAAUUUAAUGAAUUUUCAAAAAUCAAAGUACAACAACCACAACCAUUCCAACCUUCCAAGGUUUUUACGGCACCUACAUUACCGCAGAAGGCACAGAGAACUCUGGAUAAACCGAUAAAUAACUACGUCGACAUAUCUCGUGCUACAGUUGAAAAUACUGAGCCACAAUAUUUCCGUUCACGUACGCAGCAGGUGCAACCAGCACCAUUCAGUUCGCCCCAGAAACAACAACAACGUACGUCAACCACAGCACCAGAAGAGACUAUUACGAAGACAGCAAAACAAAGUAGUCCACGUGGUUUUGCAAGUCGCGGUAGCAUUAACUAUAAGGCGACUACGCAGCGCAAUGGCGAUAGUAAUUACACUCCAGCUAGUAAUGUCAAAAAGUUUUCCACCUUGGUGCCAAGAGAACAGUAUACACCCACUACAUAUAAACCAACUACUUACAAGCAAUCCAAUGAUUACAACUACUAUCAAACACAACAAACAGUGCGACCAACUGCUAGUAAGCAACAACAGAAAAGCCCUGCUGUGAGUAGCAUAUCAAUACCUACUACUGCUAAUCCAUAUUACAAUCCGGAUGAAGAUGAUGGUCAAUAUCAUCCUGAACUAUAUGAACUAGAUUACACACAUAGUCGCUUUAAUCUGCAGCGCUCAAGUAGCACAAAAGCAACAACAACUACUACCACCAUUAAGGCGCCCAACAAUCAUAAACAAAAUUAUCAAAAUCCUCAAACACAUCUCAAAACCCAACAAUUAACUUCAUUCCAAAAGCAAAGAGAACAACAUGCACAAUCUGAUCAAAGUGACGAAGACGAACUCUUCAACACAGCGCAUUCACUGAAUUUUGGUGCUGCCAGCAUAAAUAAACUACGUGCAGAUAUUAUAAAGGCAGAGAAAACAUCACAGCAAUACAACUCACAAUAUAGUCCGAAUAUUCAGACCUCUAGUCCGAAAGCGAUUAGCACUGUUACACAGAAGAUAGAAACGCCCAGUACAAAUGCUUACACAUACCCAACCUAUACAACUACUACAACAACCAGUAAGCCCAUAAGUGUUACCACACAGCGUACCACGACAACAACUGUUGCGGCGAUUGUCAGUAAGCCCAGUAAGAGUUCUGGAAAAUCCGGAAAGAAAGGUAAAAAGUCUCAUAAAAAAGCAACAUCCAAACGUCCCGCUCAUGCUGAUGAAGAUACUAGCUACGACUAUGCUUAUUACGAUUCGGAUACAUUAAGCGAGUCUCCACAGGAAUAUCCAGAAUAUGAAAUUUCCGAAUUUACUAGAACACGCAAGAACUGAAAUUUCUCAACUUAUUUUGUUACUCAUAGAUAUAAAAAAUUGUUAAUAAAUUUAAAUAGUUAUUUUACAACAAAUCUUUAAAUCUCUGAAUCCAUAUAUCUUCCGUGAAAAAUUUAAUUACUUUAUGUGGUUCUUAAAAUUAUUUCAAUGAAAAUAUUAAUUGCCUUUUUAAACACAGUUUGAUCAUACAAUAAUCUUACAAAUUUUAUAUCAAAAUUUUAUGUUAAU